CGUGCGCACAAACCCCUUGUGGGCCAGGCAUAGAGUCGCCUGAGCUUUCUGGAGCGAAGCCCCAUAUUCACCAAGGCGGGCUGCGCCGGCGGCGUGACGUCAGCACCAUAGGGCGCCGCUGGGCCUUACGCCGCUGGCGCAAAGGCGUUUCUUCCUUGCUUUUGCCUAGAAGGAGAAGGAGGUUUAAAGAGGCAACAGCGGCCAUGGGGAGCCUGGAGGGGGGCAGGCCCGCAGGCCCCCACCCCUGAACAGCCAGGGGGAGGGGGAAGAAAGCCAGCUUGGAAGUGAAGAUUUGCCGCAGGACAUUCUCCUUUUUCCCUUCCUUGCCCCAUCAUGUCGUCAUCAACGAGAGGCCAGUUGGAGGUGCUGAUUGGAAUCCCCACGGACCCGUCGAGAGGACUACCGCCCCACUAGCCCGGCUCAUGCGGGUGGCAAUUCACCCCCUCGCGCCCUCCCCUCCUCCUCCUCCACAACCCGUGAUGGUUUAUUAACUGAGAAGAGCCCGGCGUGUCUGAUCUCUUUUUUUCCUCUCCCCCUCACCCCCCCUCCCCACCCCGACCCCAACCCACCCCUUCCGCCCCCCUUCCGUCCCCCAGCCACACCUCAAAGUUUCGGCCGUGUUGGGAUUUGUAUGGCAGUGGUGUAACCGUGGAGAGGCCAGGGUAUCACAAACUUAUGGAUUUUGACAAGAGAGGUGGGAAAGGGGAAACUGAGGAAGGCAGGAGGAUGUCUAAAACGGGCGGAAGCCGCAACACUCAUGGGAGCCGAACGGCAGGGACCAACUCUGGAGUCUUAAUGGUGGGCCCAAACUUCCGAGUCGGGAAGAAGAUAGGGUGCGGGAACUUCGGAGAACUUCGGCUAGGAAAGAACCUCUAUACGAAUGAAUACGUCGCGAUCAAGUUGGAACCCAUCAAGUCCAGAGCCCCUCAGCUCCACCUGGAGUACCGGUUCUACAAACAGCUGGGCAAUGCAGAAGGGAUACCUCAGGUCUAUUACUUUGGUCCGUGCGGGAAAUACAACGCAAUGGUCUUGGAGCUGCUGGGGCCGAGCCUGGAAGACCUCUUCGACUUGUGCGACCGGACGUUCACCCUCAAGACGGUCCUCAUGAUCGCCAUCCAGCUGAUCACGCGGAUGGAAUACGUUCACACCAAAAGCCUGAUCUACAGAGACGUCAAGCCGGAGAACUUUCUGGUGGGACGCCCCGGAAGCAAGCGCCAGCACACCAUCCACAUCAUUGAUUUCGGCCUGGCCAAAGAGUACGUUGACCCCGAGACCAAAAAACACAUCCCUUACCGAGAGCACAAGAGCCUGACUGGGACGGCGCGGUACAUGAGCAUCAACACACACCUUGGGAAAGAACAAAGCCGCAGGGAUGACCUGGAAGCGUUAGGUCACAUGUUUAUGUACUUCCUCCGGGGGAGCCUGCCCUGGCAAGGCCUGAAGGCAGACACACUGAAGGAGAGGUAUCAGAAGAUUGGCGAUACCAAAAGAGCCACUCCAGUUGAAGUGCUGUGUGAAAACUUCCCUGAAGAGAUGGCCACGUACCUCCGCUACGUGCGGCGCCUGGAUUUCUUCGAGAAGCCAGACUACGACUACCUGCGGAAGCUCUUCACUGACCUCUUCGAUCGGAAUGGCUUUGUCUUCGAUUACGAAUAUGACUGGGCAGGGAAGCCCUUACCAACCCCCAUUGGCACAAUUCAGAGCGAUGUACAAGUCCAGGCUCCAAACAGGGAAAAGACUCAGCAGUUCAUCAAACAGCAAGUCAUGAGCUCGACCAACGGGGAGCUGAACACAGAUGACCCGACGGCCGGCCAUUCCAAUGCCCCCAUCACCGCCCCCGCAGAGGUCGAAGUAGCUGAUGACACAAAGUGCUGCUGUUUCUUCAAAAGGAGGAAGAGGAAAACUCUCCAGCGCCACAAGUGAAGAGCUCCUCCUUCCCUCUCCGGUGUGGCCAAGACCAGGAUCCGCUCGGGACGAUGUUCCCCACCUCCCUUCCUCCCUCCUUUUUACUUUCUGAGCUGUGGAUUAACGGAUCUCAAUUCCUUGGCCGGACAGUAGAGGCUUGUCCCCUUCCCUUGCAGGCGGGGUGCACAAGCCGCUUUGGUCCCGCUGGCAGGCUCUUCCGGGGGGGGGGGGGACGACGGACAGGUGCGUGGCUCCCCCCCUCCCUAGCCUGAAUUUUCUUUUUUCCUUUCCUCCAAGAGAAAUGGGAAAAAACGAGGGGAGGGCAAAGCACAUCAUCGGACUUUUAAUUUUUGCUGAAGUGCCCACGUCGCCCCCUCCUCCGGUUGACAGAGAGGAAAAGCAUUUAACUAUUUAUGCAGCAACAGCCCCCCCCCCACUUGUCUGGGCUCUUCUCUCUCUCUUUCUUCUCCGUCUCCACCCCACACACUUUGGUUUUGUGGAAUUAGCUUUUGGAAGGAAAACUGCACACACGAGCUGGGGAUCAACUCUACGUGUUUCCCUUCUGCAGAAGAGGCAAUCUGACGAUUCUCGGAAAUGUGGCUGCAAAGAAUAUUUCUCGACACCCCCAUGUCGCUUCUGUGUCUCUUUAACUUAAUUUAAAAAUUGCAUCUUAGUUCUUGUACCUGCUGUUGUGAGACAGUCUGUCUGUCUGUCCCUCUCCCCACCCCCAUUUUGGGUAGCAACAAAAAUAUUUUGCAUCGCAGGUGGUUUUUAUUUUAAAUACCUUGCUUUAGCUUGUUUUCUGUCUCCAGCCCAUUGCCCUUGCUCCCUGUUAGUCUAGUCAUGGUUGAGGGCCUGUUGGGGGAGGUUUUGGGGGGGGGUUAUUUCCCCCCCCCAAGCAAGGCGGGGGCAAAAUGGGACUGCGUGCGCGCAUGUGUGUGUGGAAAGGUUGGGGGAAAGUGGAUCGUUUACACUUUCGAUUUUCAUUUCUCAAUGCACUUUUUUUGUAGCAAUACAAGCAACAUCUGCGUCUUGAAA